UUGACGCUGGUAGUUCCGCAGCCACGUCACCUGAAGCAGUCCUCUCCUCUUCUCCGGGUCAGCGCAGACAGCCAGCUGAGUAUUUCCUUAGACAGCGGAUAAUAGGUUUGUUUAUCUUUGUCAUAUCCUUAAAUAUAAAGAGAAAAGCAGUGAAGCAGCAGUCCGCCCGAGUUGCUGUGCCCACUUCGACGCUGUUAGCUUGUUUUACAUUAGCAUUUUGGCUCGUCUUCUUUUGCUUCCACUCAGAGAGUUUGGGGGGUUUUUUUUGGGCUGAAGAAGUUCGGCUUGUCUCCAGCGAGGCCUGUGAGGAGAAGUUUGCAAGUUUUCUUAACUGAAGCGGGACACAAACAACAUGAAUAUCUUCCGUUUAUUGGGUGACGUGUCACAUCUGGUGGCUAUCAUUAUCCUGCUGAUGAAGAUAUGGAGGUCCAAAUCUUGUGCAGGAAUCUCUGGGAAGUCUCAGGUGCUGUUUGCACUCGUCUUCACCACCAGGUACCUUGACCUGUUCACGGUCUUCAUCUCUGCUUACAACACGAUCAUGAAGGUGGUGUUUCUGGCUCUGGCCUAUGCUACCGUGUAUCUGAUCUACAUGCGCUUCAGGAACUCUUAUGACUCAGAGAAUGACACGUUUCGCGUGGAGUUCCUGUUGGUGCCGGUCAUCGGGCUUUCCUUCCUUGAGAACUACGCUUUCACCCCACUGGAGAUCCUGUGGACCUUCUCCAUCUUCCUGGAGGCAGUGGCCAUCAUGCCGCAGCUCUUCAUGAUCACAAAGACAGGUGAAGCAGAGUCCAUCACCACACACUACCUGUUCUUCCUGGGUCUUUACCGAGCCCUCUACAUCGCCAACUGGGUUUGGCGUUACCACACCGAGGGCUUUUUUGACCAGAUCGCCGUGGUGUCCGGAGUCGUGCAGACCAUCUUCUACUGCGACUUCUUCUACCUUUACUUCACGAGAGUUCUUCGUGGAAAAGGAAGCAUGGGCCUGCCGAUGCCCAUUUAAACCCCAUCCUUGCACCAUUCAGCCACCCACCUGUGCCUGCUACAGUUCAUUAUCUGAACUAAGUCUUUGAACUUCACCUGAACCUGUAUUCAGAAACAGGACGUCCAGUCUGUUGUCUCUCUGGAGACCACAACGUUUGCAUCUGUAGACAUGGAUUUCUGUCUGAUUGGUACUUUGUAUGUAUGUGUGUUUGUAAGGUUGUGUGUAAGCAUGUUUGCAUAUCAGUGUGCAUUCAUUCUUCUGUGGUUUAUUGUGAUUAUACAUGAGAUGCAAAUGUGACACUGAUGUGCACGUAUAACUUAAUGUAGGUGAGUGAGAAACACUAUGUUGACAUGAUGUGUAGACGUUUCUGUAGACCUUUGGAAAGUUAAAUCACAAAACUGUAAAUGUCAUCAGCUGUAGUUUGUAGUUUCAGUUUCCAAACAGUGCAGAUUAGAGCUGAGCCAUUAAUCCAGUUUCAAUUUCAGUUAUGAUUUUUGGCUUCCCGCAGUCAUGAAAACAAGAUUAUCUGGAUCAAAUUAUUACUGUGACCCAUGCUGUGUUGCAAUCUUUAGUGCAUAGGAGUACAGCCCAGUAUGUGCUCUGCCUCUCCCACCAGAACAGCUCUCACUUUAAUUCAAGUGAGGAGCAAAAGAAGCUACAGCUUCUGCUGUGGCUAGUUUGAAGUGAGAGCAAAGGAGAUAACAUAAAGGGAGAUAUUGGUUUAAAAAAGACCUCAAUCAUUGGGAAGCAGUCUGAUUAUAAGGGUCGAACUUUGCAGAUUUUAUCACAUGGUUUUGGCUGCUACUUAAGGGGAUAUGAUGGAUAUUUCGGGGCUGUGUCCAUAGCUGAUGUUUUUUUCCUGGUAGCGCUUAUUUUCACUAUACAAAACCGACAAAGUCCAGCGUUUUCAGAGCUUGGCAUCCUGAGUGAAAAACAUCUUCACCAUCAGCUGUUUUUAGUCUCUGCACUCACUCUCACCUCUCAGCUGAAAAUAGCAGGGAUGCUUAAUGUCAUCGACAUCAGAUCACAGUGUUUUCCACACAUGGCCUGUUCUUGGUGGGUCACCCAGGUAUAUUUACAGCAAUCUAAGGAUAUUUGCCUUUUUUAUGUAUGCAGUCAUCAUCAGUAGUACCGUGCAGAUCUUUGGGGCAAAAAGAAGGGAAGGAAGAUUGACACAACCCAGAUCGUGCUCUGGAUGUCUUUGCAUUUUACCAGGGGCACGGGAAAACUACCUGUAAAAAAAAAAGUUUGCACCUUUAGGAUGGGCUAAGGGGUGGAUGUGGUGAGCAAGCAUGGCCGAGGAUGCUGUCUGGGCAGGUAGUAGGGUUGCCACGAGCCUGUAGGCAUGCCAUGGAUGUCACAAGGGCCAGAAAACCGCCAGCAGCCCAGGGGUAUCACCAGGGGGACAAAGGCCUGGCCAAAAGAGAUGCUGUCGAGCUUGACCUUGGGCCGGGGUCGUGGCAUAUCGGGCCCUGUGACAAAUUCUUGCUGCCUAAAAAUGAUGCACAUAACUACAAGCACAACAAAGAUUUCCAAAAGCAGAUCCCUCCUAUAUGCACUGGUUGAAUCCCAACAAAUUGUUCCAAAAUUUAGGCCAUUGUUUCAGCCUUUUUUUUUUUUUUUUGCAGCUUGACACAAAAGUCAGUGAUGUUAUUGGAGCAUCUUUAGACAACGUACGGUUGAUGAAUACUGUUAAAAGAGCAGAAACAAAAAAUUAGAAGUGAAGAAUAAGAUGGGCCAGAAUAACCAGAGUACAGGGCCAUUCUGUGGGAAACACUGAUAUCACUACAGAACAUUUCUUCUGAUAUUUACAACCAGUAUACCAACUGUAAAUAUCAGUUGCAGAGUUUUAGGCUUGAUAAUCAAACCUAUGUCAGUUUAGGCCUUUGCUCUGCUCAUCCUCAUUCCUUCCUGAAACUUUAGAGAGUCUUUUUACGGAUUUAAGCUUAAGUUUUUACCUACUUUAAUAGGUAUAUAUCUUCAUCGGUAUCAGCUAGAAUGACUUUGGUAUGAGUGGUAUAUUGGUAAAAAUCCAGUAGUGUGCGUUGCAAGAAAAAAGUUCAGCUUUUGAAACUGCUGUGCUCAUUAAUGCCACCCAUCCUCACUGACCAAUCAAAAUCAAGGGGGAGAAAAGCUUUUGACAUCUGCUUUGUCAACAACAAUAGCGGCAGGAAAAACUAACUGGAUUUUAUUUUAACUGCUGGUAAUGGCAGGUUAGGAUUCCCUUUACUGUUUUUUUUCAAGUGGUCUCAGUGAUGUUCAUUGAAUAGAGGGAAAUAUUAACCACAGAGCUUUUUAAAAAAGACACAAGGAUACAUUAGAGAUGCACCAGUUGUUAAAAUCUGGGCUUAUGCUGUUACCGAUGUUUGAAAUAACAAUCUAGCCUACAGAAAUUUUCAAUGCCUGUGGAUUUUUUUGUUCUUUUGGCAUUACAGCGCCACUGUUCCAUCAAAAACAGAUCGUUUUGUCUACAGGUUACUCCCUCUGCCCUUUAAUAAAUCUCUUCUCUGAAUCAGCUGUUCGGUGAAGCUAAAUGCUUGCAUUUAAUUCAUAACACUUAACAUCUGCUACUGACAUCAGCUCAUGCCUGCAUUAUUUACAAAUGGCUGAUGUUUGUCAAAAGGGGCGAUACUGGCCAAUACUGAUGUUAAAGCGAUGCAUCUGUGCAUCCCUAGAUACAACCAAAAAAGUACUAGUCAACUUUCAUGACCUAGUGACAACUAACACUGAUGAGAACCACUCUGAAACUGAGAUUGUGGGUGCUGCCAGCACAAAGAAUGCUGUCUAUGGACACAGGCCUUAAUUUUAUGCACAAAGCAGAAAUCAAAAUCCAUUCAUCAAUCUAUAAUCUACACUGCUUGUCCCAUUUGAGGUCACAAAGGGCUGGAGGCAAUCCUAGCUGUCGUUGGGUACACUGCACUGAUCACUAAUUAAUCACAGGGCUGAGAUAUGGAGACAAACAAGUAGUCACACUCACCUAUAGGCAAUUUAGAGCCAGCAGUCAACCUAACAAGCAUGUUUUCUUGACUGUAGAAGGAAGCCGGGGUACCCUGAGAGAGGAACCUUCUUGGUGUGAGGCAGCAGCGCUAACCUGUUAGCCACUGUGCAGCCUGUAAUCUCAGUAUCAUUCUGAAUAAUAGCUGUAAUGAUAUUUGUGAUAAUUGAGCAGCCCUAGUACAGAUUUAGUGUUUACUAUGCACAGAGCGUCACAUCGAAGGUUCCUACUUUAAUUCAAUCACCACCAAACUUUCGACAAAGCAAAUCCCUCCUGAUGAUUUAACAGCAAAUAUGUUGUAAAUUUUUAAAUUUCUACUGCGUGUCUUUCCACAAAGUGUCUUCCUCUUCUCUUCUGUAGUGUACGACGCUCCUUGAAUUGAUUAUUUUGUGCAAACAUUUUCUCCUCUCAUUGCCAAGUACGUUACUGUUUGUAUUUCCUCUAAAGUUGUCUUUUUUUAUGUGUAUUUCUUCAUGGGAGGAAAAAGGGCUAAAUACAUUGUGAUGUCUUAAAUGAAGCCAAAGCUGAAAGAGAAAAUUGCUGCAUUUUUUUAAUUUAAACCAGUUCUUCCUGGUUUGUUUCCUUGGCUGCACUGUUGUUGUGUCGGGGAGAAGAGUGAGUAGAAUUGUGUCAAAGUGCUGAAUCUGUAAAAUGUUCACCUUUUUUCACAGCAUUUUGAUGACAAUGCAUUUAUUACAUCAUGUGAACAGUUAAA